AGAAGGACAAAAAAAAAAACAAAAAAAAUCCCCAGGCUGCUAAUGAGUUGGAGCUUGGGCGGGUGGGAAGGAAAAACCCUUUUGCGCAGUCCUGCAAGCUUUUGCUCUGCACUCAGUCGCUCCACGCUCCGCUCUCUGGCCUCACCCUCCCCAGACGCUUGGGGCUGCCUCGAUUUCUCUCUCCACCUGCGGGAAUCCAAGCCCCCUCUCCCCCGCCCCCUGUGCCUGGCUCUUUCUCUCUUCCCCGGGGGACAGCUCUUAAAUUUCUUCACACCCUCCAGCCUGCGCUUCAGCGACACCGGGACCCUCUUGCGCCCCAGCCCCACGCUUGUCCCAUCACACUCGCCCCGCCGGCCAGGGGAACGCCCGGUCCUUGGAUGUAACCGGCUCGGAGGCCGAGUGAAACCGGAUGGAUUUUGGGAGCGUCAUGAAACAGGCGGCUACCCCGUGUGCGCCUCCCGUCAACUCUGAGCUGCCGGCCAACGGGGAGAGCACCGCCAAGCAUGUAAACGCCACAGAAUCCACAAAAUCCUCCAAAAGUGCCCAGCCACGAGGCAGACCUUCCAGGAGUGUGAGCGUGGCCCAGACCAUGGAGGACACCUGCGAGCUGGACCUGGUGUACAUCACGGAGCGGAUCAUCGCCGUCUCCUACCCCAGCUCAGCUGAGGAGCAGAACUUCCGCAGCAACCUCAAGGAGGUGGCCCAGAUGCUCAAGUCCAAGCAUGGAGAUAACUACCUGCUUUUCAAUCUGUCCGAGCGCAGACACGACAUCAGCAAGCUGCACUCCAGGGUGCUGGAUUUCGGGUGGCCCGACCUGCACACGCCUGCCCUGGAGAAGAUCUGCAGCAUCUGCAAGGCCAUGGACACGUGGCUGAGCGCCGAGCCCCACAACGUGGUCGUGCUCCACAACAAGGGAAACCGAGGCCGGAUGGGAGUCGUGGUGGCCGCCUACAUGCACUACAGCAAUAUUUCAGCCAGCGCGGACCAGGCCCUCGACAGGUUUGCCAUGAAGAGGUUCUACGAGGACAAGGUGCUGCCAGUUGGGCAGCCCUCACAGAAGAGGUAUGUCCAUUACUUCAGCGGCCUGCUGUCCGGCACCAUCAAAAUGAACAACAAGCCCUUGUUCCUGCACCAUGUCAUCAUGCACGGGAUCCCCAACUUCGAGUCCAAAGGUGGUUGCCGGCCCUUCCUGAAGAUCUACCAGGCCAUGCAGCCGGUGUACACAUCCGGGAUCUACAACGUGCAAGGAGACAGCCAGACCAGCAUCUGCAUCACCAUCGAGCCCGGACUGCUCUUGAAGGGAGAUAUACUGCUGAAAUGCUACCACAAGAAGUUCCGUAGCCCGACCCGAGACGUCAUUUUCCGGGUGCAGUUCCACACGUGCGCCAUCCAUGACCUCGGCAUUGUCUUUGGGAAGGAGGACCUGGACGAAGCCUUUAAAGACGACCGGUUUCCGGAGUACGGGAAGGUGGAGUUUGUGUUCUCAUACGGCCCUGAGAAGAUCCAAGGGAUGGAACAUCUGGAGAAUGGCCCCAGCGUCUCCGUGGAUUACAACACCUCGGACCCCCUCAUCCGCUGGGACUCCUACGACAACUUCAAUGUCCGCCGGGAGGACAGCAUGGAGGGCACUUGGGCUGGUCCCCACCAGGCCCACAAAGCUCCGGACACAGAGCUCGGGCACACUCAGGGGCCGCUGGAUGGGAGCCUCUACGCCAAAGUGAAGAAGAAAGACUCCCUCCACGGUAGCACCGGAGCCGUCAACGCCGGCCGCGCCCCCCUCUCUGCGACGCCCAACCACCUCGAGCACACGCUCUCCGUCAGCAGCGACUCGGGCAACUCCACCGCUACCGACAAGACCGACGAGCAGGCGGUGCCUGGUGGUGGCCCCCCGGCGCUGACCCCCGAGGAGAAGCGAGAGCUCGAGCGCCUCUUGAGCGGCUUCGGCUUAGAGAGCGAAGCCCCCAUGCACAACCGCCACCCAGGGGCGGUGCCGGCCGGCAGCUCCGCCCUCACGGGGCGCCACGUGGUGCCGGCCCAGGUGCACGUCAACGGGAGCGCCGGCACCCUGGUGGCCGAGCGGGAGACGGACAUCCUGGACGACGACCUGCCCAACCAGGACGGGCACAGCGUCGGCAGCCUGGGCACCCUCUCCUCCUGCGACGGCACCACCAACGCCAGCGAGGUCGGCUACCAGGAGGUUCCCCGGAUGGAGAGCCUCUCCUCCUUGCCCAACGGCCCGUCCAGCUUCGACGGCGCAGACAAGCUGCACAAGGAGGGGCUGUAUGACUCGGAGCCGCUGAUCAAUGGGGGGUACCCGUACAGCAACCAGAACACACUGCGGAGCAUGAUGGGGCGACACCCCCAGCCCCUGCUGAGCCAGAUCCGGCCCUCGAUGUCUGCUCAGGAGAACCUGUCCGGCUACCGGCAGCAGCAAGCCGGCUUCCCUGAGCCCGGCUGGCUGCAGCCCCGGCCGCCAGCAGCCACACAGCCCUACCUGUACGGCUUUGACUCCAACGACAUAUUCCGCUCUCAGUCCUACCCAGCCACCGAGCCGGGCCUCCAGCUCCCCCAGGCGCCGGCACGGAGCUCCAGCAGCCGGGAGGCCGUGCAGAGGGGCCUCAACGCCUGGCAGCAGCAGGGCAGCAGCAGCGGCGGGAGCAGGCCACCCUCCCGCCAGCAAGACGGUGGCCUGGAAAGCCAAAGCCCUAGCGUCUCCAGUUCGAGCCCCCAACCCAGCCCCUUGCAGGUGGCCCCCCUUCCGAGCCACAGCAUCCCUGAGUUCCCCCGGGUGGCCUCCCCGAAGGAGAUCGAGCAGUCGAUAGAAGCACUGAACAUGCUCAUGCUGGACCUGGACCCGUCUGUCUCGACACUGCACAAGUCCCAGAGCGUCCCAGUGGCCUCCACAGAGGACCAGCCCGGCCCGGUGGUCUCCUCUCUGUCUGCCCAGCCAGUGUUGGGCCUUCCUAGCCAGGUGGCCCCUCAGGUGACCCAGCCAAGACCCAGCAACGCCUUCGGAGCCAUGCCGGCGAGUGUGUCCCACAACGCCAUGGGCACUGCUGUCACCCAGCCCCCACCGGCUUCUGAACUGCUAUCCAAAGCCUAUCUGCCAGGACCGCCGGCCCAGGAAGGCCGGGGUGCUGGUGAGCCAGAGUACAUGGGGCAGGAUUUGGGGGUGUCCUACUCGCCCUACGGAUAUCAGAACCAGCAGCCGCCUGUGCCGCAGACAAGGAGCUACAGUCGCUCACCGGGAAGCUCCCCAACGUCUCCCAUUCCUCCGGCAACAGCUUACAGCCCUGUGGGGCCUCAGCAGCCCCUGAUCAUGUCACCCCCUUCUCCCACAGCGACAGCCCAAGCCCAGAUGCCCCCGAAGGGAGCGGAGCAUCACCAAGAGCCUGCUAGACCCUCGGAAGAAGAGCCCUUGAACCUGGAAGGGCUGGUGGCCCACAGAGUAGCAGAGUACAACGCCAAACUGCAGGGCAUCCGGCAGAGCACGAAAGCUCCCCAUCCUCCCGUGCACCAACAAAGAUCCUUCUCCUUCGCUGGGGUGGAGUCACGGGACAAGUCCCCGGAGGAGCCCGGAGCGCCGAACCGAAGACGCACGACCAGCGACGGCCAGUACGAGAACAGUCCCCAGGAGCCCGGCACACCUCGGAGCCCCACUGCCCGGUCGCCAGUCCACAGCUUCUCGCCAGAGGUGGUCAGCAGCAUCGCCGCCAACCCAGGAGGGAGGCCCAAAGAGCCUCAUCUCCACAGCUACAAGGAAGCCUUUGAAGAGCUGGAGGGGACCUCUCCAACCAGCCCACCCUCCAGCGGUGGUGAGAUCUCUCCCCCAACCCCUGCCUUUCCUGUCUCGCCGCAAACCCCUUACGGUCACCUGCUGCGCUCCCCACCCGGCCUGGCCAAGACCCCGCUGUCUGCAUUGGGACUGAAACCCCAUAACCCAGCCGAGAUCCUGCUGCAGCCGACGGGAGAGCUAGACAGGGAGGCAGUAGUUGAAUCUGAUGAAGAGCCCAGAAGCUAUGUGGAGUCGGUGGCUCGCAAGGCAGCAGCGGGGGGCGGAGGGGCGCCCCAGAGCCCCCCAACUCCGCAGGCCUACAGCACUGAGACGCCAGUGAGGAAUGGGGCCUUCAUGAACUCUUUUACCUCCCCCAGCCCCAUCUCCACCAGCAGCCCCAUUCACAGCAUGGACGGGGUGUCGAUCCGCAGCUACCUGUCCGAGAGCAGCGGCCACAGCACCGCCUCACCCCCGCAGCCCUCAGCCGAGUCCAGCUUCCAGGCACCGUCGGCCCACAUUAGCUACCAAAACGCCUCGCCGGUGUCUUUCAGCCAGGGGGGCUACGUGAGCCCCGAGUACCCCGAUGGCCGAGUCGGCGCAAGGCCACAGCCCCAGGUCAGCGUGGUGGGUGUUCAUGUCCUGCCGGGGAGCCCCCACACCCUUCACAGGACAGUGGCCACCAACACGCCGCCAAGCCCCGGUCUCGGGCGAAGACCACUUGAUCCUGGCACAGCGGCCGUUCCCGGGAGCCCCAGCCUGGGCAGGCACAUCAUGUACGGCUAUUCUGCCCCAGAGGAGCAGCGUCCCACACUGUCCCGGCAGAGCAGCGCCUCGGGGUACCAGCCCCCCUCCACCCCGUCAUUCCCUGUCUCCCCAGCCUACUAUCCUGGCCUGAGCAGCCCACAGUCCUCCUCCCCGGACUCUGCCACCUACCGGCAGGGCAGCCCCACGCUGCAGCCGGUGCUGCCCGAGAAAAGGAGGAUGUCGGCCGGGGAGCGGUCCAACAGCCUGCCUAACUACGCCACGGUGAAUGGCAAGAUAUCCUCGCCUGUCUCCAGCGGCAUGUCCAGCCCCAGCAGCGGGAGCAGCGUGGCCUACCCACACACCCUGCCUGACUUCUCCAAACUCUCGCUGCCAGACAGCAGCCCCGAGACCCGGGCCAACGUGAAGUUUGUCCAGGACACCUCCAAGUAUUGGUACAAGCCGGAGAUUUCCAGGGAGCAGACCAUCACACUGCUGAAGGACAGGGAGCCCGGAGCCUUCAUUAUCCGAGACAGCCACUCCUUCCGGGGAGCCUACGGGCUGGCCAUGAAAGUGGCCUCUCCGCCUCCCACCAUCCUGCAGCAGAACAAGAAAGGAGAUAUAACCAAUGAGCUGGUGAGGCAUUUCCUGAUCGAGACCAGCCCGCGGGGGGUGAAGCUAAAAGGAUGCCCCAACGAGCCCAACUUUGGAUGCCUGUCGGCUCUGGUGUACCAGCACUCCAUCAUCCCACUGGCCUUGCCCUGCAAGCUGGUCAUUCCCGACCGAGAUCCCACAGACAAAACGAAAGAUGCGGCCUCAGCCGCCAACUCGGCGACAGACCUGCUCAAGCAAGGAGCUGCCUGUAACGUGCUCUUCAUCAACUCGGUGGAGAUGGAGUCGCUGACGGGCCCGCAGGCCAUCGCCAAAGCCAUCAGCGAGACGCUGGCCCUGGCACCCACACCUGCUGCCACCAUCGUGCACUUCAAAGUCUCCGUGCAGGGAAUCACCUUGACGGACAACCAGAGAAAAUUGUUCUUCAGACGACAUUAUCCCCUCAGCACUGUCACCUACUGUGACCUGGACCCCCAGGAACGAAAAUGGACUAAAUCAGACGGCGCAGGUCCCGCAAAGCUCUUUGGCUUCGUGGCCAGGAAGCAGGGAAGCACAACGGACAACAUUUGUCACCUCUUCGCCGAGCAGGAUCCCGACCAGCCGGCCGGCGCCAUCGUCAAUUUCGUGUCAAGGGUCAUGCUUGGCUCUGGCCAGAAGAGAUGAGCUGCUGGACACGGGUAGUUCUUGCCCUUGAAUUUUGGAGAAGGACUUGGAGUUGAUCCGAGAAGGAGCGCGAGGAAGUGCAUUAUGGGAGAGGGAAGUGAAUCGGGGGGAAAUGGUCUGAAUUGUGAAAGAAAAAAACCCUCACCCAAUCGUAACAAAGCAAAACUAAAGGAAGCGAUGUCAGCGCAUUUCCCAUCGCAGGGAAUGUGACCAGCGCAACGGCCAGGAGUCAGAGCAGUGGAACCGGGUUGGCUUUUGGAUCAGGAUCCCCAUGAGGGGUUUCAAGUGGCGAAUUCAUCUCGGGUCAUAGUGGGAACGUUCGCGGCCCUGCCAUUUGAAAACCAGCAACUCUGUUUGCAAAUGUCAGUUGUUUGUUUUAAAUAAUCGUGGCUAACUGAUCGAACAAAAGGCAGGUCUGCAGGAUCCCCCCUUUCCCUUCCCCAGGGCCUUACCUAUUGGAACAGCUUACCAAGGGCAGUGGUGGGCUUUUUCCAUCUCUGGCCAUUUUUAAAUCAAGAUGAGAUGUUUUGCUAAGAGAUCUGCUUUGGUUGAAACAAGAAUGAAUUCUGGGCAGAUCUCUGCCCUGUGUUAUGCAGGAGGUCAGACUGGAUCUCAGUGGUCCAUUCUGGCCUUAUGACCUAUGUGCUGGAGCAGUGGUUUUCUACCAGUGCUUCGCAGACCCUGGGGGUGGGUGGGGGCCUGCAGACUAUGUCUAAGAUUUCCAAAGGGGUCCGCAUCCCCAUUUGAAAUU